CCUCAGCUCCUGCUCUAAGUCUCCUCCACGUAUGUACUACUACAUAAACCAGAACAUGACCUGGUUCCAGGCUCAGAAUUACUGCAGAGAGCAUUACACCGACCUGGCAACCUUUGACAGCUACGAUGAUAUAAGCAUGCUAGAACCUACAUUGACUUAUAAGACUGCAUGGAUCGGACUGUUUGAUGACCCCAAAUCCUGGAAGGAAAACCUUGGAAAUGAGUCCAACUCCUGGAGAUGGUCAGUGACUGGUGAAGCAGGCAAUACUACUUUUGAGGCUUGGGCCAGCGGAGAGCCCUCGUAUGCGAAUGGAAGUGAAUCCUGUGUAAUCAUGAAUCCUGAUGGAACUUGGGGAGACGCCAUCUGUGCCAGUGCCUACUCUUUUGUUUGUUACACAGUCACAAACCAAAGAGAGAAAGUCUAUCAUUUCAUCCCGACGGUGAAAUCAUGGAAUUCUGCUCAGGAAUACUGCAGACAACACUACACAGACCUCGCUAUGAUUGAGAACGCUGAAGAAAACGCUUUGGUCUUUUCAAAAACUGGUAAUCAGACAUCUUGGAUCGGUCUGUACCGAGUGCCAUGGGCAUGGUCUGACGGGUCUCACAGUUCCUUCAAGAACUGGAAAAGCUAUGAACCAGAUAACUUAGCCGGUAACCAACACUGUGUGGUCGAAGGGCGGACUCAUAAUUGGUUUGACCUAAAUUGUUCCUGGUUGCGGCCUUUCAUUUGUCAUCAAGUGACCACAUUGAAGACCACGGUGGGGAUGAAGAUUAUGACUGGUGCAGAUAUGACAGAUCCAGCUGUUAUUGAACAGUUUCUCCAGCAGAUCCAUGAAAGGCUGACAAACCUGGGAUGGACAGACUUCAAGCUUCAGUGGAAGAAUCUUCCCUCAAACCAAACCAAAAAGACCUGAGUGGACCAUCUUUAUUCCAUCUCCUGAGCAGUCG